AGUAAAUUUUUCAAGAAUUUUAAAUUUUAAAUUUCGUGUUUUUAUUUUUAAAUUAAUUAAAAUUUCAAAAUUUAUUAAAAUUGACUUCAACAGUUUUUGAAAUUCGAUUUUUGUUCGCAAAUGAGAAGCUACGAAAAAGGCAUCUGUAAGUGAAGUCACUGAAUCAAUUAAUUUUCUUAUAGAGAUAAGGACUUUUUUGGUGUCUCUCUCUCCGUCUUGUCCUCUUUCUCUUCCUCUUGAAUUAAUGAUGUCCUUCUUUUCACUAUAUGUGCGAAUAGGGGCGGAGAAAAAAGAAAAAAAAAAGUUAUCUCUUUAUACAUUUUUCUUUCUCUUACUCUUCCUCUCGCUCUAUGUAUAUACCUAUUUAAUGGAAACAUAUAUGAUAAAAGCUAUCACCAAAAAUAGAUGAUGACGAAAUAUUGAUUAAUGAGAUGAUUGAUAAUGUUUGUUUUGUGAGAAACGAUCAAGUUGUUAUGAAAUAGUAUGGGGGAAAAGGAUUUUAUAAAGAUUGAAUUGUGUCAGACUAUUAUGUUGCUCUAAGAAGAAAUGUCAUUGAUUUGGAUUCAAGUAUCUAUGAAGAGCAAUAAAAGAUGUUGCAUAUUCAUUAUUACAAUUAAGGAAGAGAGAGAAAUUUUAUGUGAACCACAAUAUUAUAGAGUCGAAUGUAGCAUUAAGAUAAAAAUGAAGUUAAAACAUUUCUGCAUGGUGCUAGUUGAAUAAAAUGUCGCGUCUAUAUUGUUGUAAAGACAAAAAAAUUGAAUCAUGUUUCAACUUUAUUAUUAGUGCGCAUCUCUUACUGAAACAACACAUCAAAAUCAACAAUUCUUGGAACAUCUAAGAGAAUUUUUAAAUCAACACCAUAAGAAUAUUUCUCUUACAUACGCUCAUGAUCCUAAUUCAACAUGUUGUUCUGAUGACAUCGUAGCUAUUCAAGUUCUAUGCAAACGUGUGGAGUCAUCUAAUUGCAUAAACAAUCAAAACAACAUCUGCUCAAAUAUUUAUGUAUCAAAUACUGUAAGCUGAUUAUAAAGUGUCAAAAUCACAUCUAUCUCAUUUUUAGGUCGAAAUUCAACAAUCCAAUACUGAAACAAGUACAAGAAACAAUCCACAUGAUCUCCAAUUAGAACCAGUAAUAACUAAUAAUCGAGAUCUUGAUUACAAUGAAGACAACGCAUCAUCAAAUAACAUUACUAAUAAUACAAGUGUGUCAAUAUCGGCUACUCCUAGUCCUCUUCAUUUGUUUAUGCCACCAACAUCAUCAUCAUCGGUUAUAAAUUCACCAAAAAGUAAAGAUGUUGAUUCGACAUCUAAGAAUUCUAGCGAUGUGAAUCUUGUAUCUCGUCUAUUUGCACAAGCCAAAAAUGCUCUAAGUCCUACAAAAACAACUGAUCAUACUGUCAUCAACGAUGAACAGAAAAAUGUACUUACAUUUUUACAACGUCAAGAUCAAGAUUCGUCAACUUUUACUCGUGAUAUCGAUGAAAUUCAACAAAUCGAGAGAGAAAAAGCAAUUGUUAUUUCUCAAAAUGAUAUGGAUAAACUUAAGCAAUUUCGAGAAGAUUAUUUACAGAAGAAGAGUCAGAAGAACACAACAGCAGAUACAUUCGAUGAUCUUGAUACACAAAACAAAAAAAGAAAUCUCGAAUGGAUUAUUGUUUUAGAUCGUCAUAUAAAGCAAUCUAAUGACUAUUGUGUAUUCGUUUAUGAACGUCACCAUUUCACUAAUCAAACAACCAUCGGUAAUACAGAUCGGUUCUUCAUGAGUGCUGAUGCUCAUUGUAAAUUUGACUCAUGUACAUGUGAAUUUCACGCUAUUAUAAGUGAAAAUGGUCGAUUAGAAGUUGAUUAUUCUGGCAAAAUUGUACACAGAAAAGGUGAACAUCAUGCUCGACCAAUACGUGGCUCUCGUCGUGAAGAAUUACAACAAUUUCCAAUGCUUGGUGCUACACCAGGUGCAGUUCAUCUUCAACAACUUAAAUUAUUGUCAGUUGAUAAUAAAGAAGCGGGCAAUAGAAAUGUAGUCGGAUCUAGUCGUUCAGUAAUACGUAAAAUAUCAAGUGAAGCUAAUGUUAAAUUACAUCGAGACGAUGAUUUAGAUAAAAGUCUUCGUGAAUUAAAAGUUGAACAAGCAAAGAAAAUUUUUCCUGGUGAAGUUAUACCUGGAUAUUUACAAGAAAUAAUUACUGAUCCAUUUCG